CAUCCCAUCACACAGCACAUAGUAAGCGUGUCUGUUUCUACACCUUUCCACUCCCAGAUUCAUCUCUACAUCAUAUCUGCUAGUGUUUCACCUUCCCCUCAUUCACACACUGCAACACCACAUUGUUUCUUUUCAUUAUUCUCCACUUCCCAAAAAUGGCCAUGGCAGUUGCUUUCUCUCUCUCUUCUCCCUCCUCGGCUCUGUUCCAGUCCCGCCACUCCUUCGCCAAGUGUCUCGCAUCAAAGCAAAACUCGCCCCUGCAACUGGAACAGACGAAAUCCAGUGACAACACCCCAAUCACUCUACACUCUUUCUCUCCGUUCCCAUUGUUAUGCGCCGCCGCUCUUUUACCCGGAGCUGAAGCCGUGGGUUCCGUUUUCGGUCCUUUCGUUGACCUUGUCAAAUCGUUGAAUCUUCCAGAUUGGCUCGUUCAUUGGGGCCACCCUGCCAACAUGGCAGUCGUGCUCUUUGCCAUGGGUGGCUAUGGCACAUAUCUGGGAUUUCGGAUUCGUUAUUCUGAAAAUGUGGAGGAAAAGGCUAAGGCUAAGGAUUUACACCCUAAGCUUUUAGCUGGUAUGUUUUUCUUCUUUGCUCUUGGAGCUACUGGGGGAAUAACUGCUCUACUCACUUCGGAUAAACCCAUUUUUGAGAGUCCUCAUGCUGUUACAGGCGUAAUUGGCCUAGCUUUAUUGACAAUACAAACUGUAUUGCCCUCACUCUUUGAGGGAAAUCCCGGACUAAGGAAUGUUCAUGGUAUCUUGGGUAGUGGUAUCAUGACACUUUUUCUAGUUCAUUUUGCCCUUGGACUUCAAUUAGGAUUUAGUUACUAAUUGAAGUUUCCAUUGGACUUCAAUUGUUAUGUAGAGGUCAUUCAUUUUAAUUAUGGUGUACAUUCUUUCCUAGUUCCAAUUGUGAGCUCUGAUUAUCAUGAUUGUUUGUUCUAGACUC